GCAGCUGUUAGCUGUUAGGUUUCUAGUUGUAGCCAAUGGUUGUUUCAUCCUACUUUUCCUAAAUAGAGGUUAAGUCUUACUGAAAGUUGCAAGCAUUUACAAGUGUUUACAGUUGGAUAGCAUUUGGAACUAUUUUAUCAUAUUUUAUACAAUAUAUUCGUUGAGCAACUAUGGCGUCGAACAAAGUUACUUUCAGAAUAACUCUCACGUCUGAUCCCAAGCUGCCAUAUAAAGUACUUAGUGUACCAGAAGUUACUCCAUUUAGUGCUGUAGUACAAUUUGCUGCUGAGGAAUUUAGAGUGCCAGCAGCUACAUCAGCCAUAAUUACAGAUGAUGGCAUAGGAAUCAAUCCUCAACAAACUGCAGGCAAUGUAUUUCUCAAACAUGGCAUGGAACUCAGAUUGAUUCCCAGAGAUCGUGUUGGAUAUAGUAAAUAAUUCAUAUAAUAUUGUAUAUUUAUUUUGACUACAUCUUUUUGCGCAUAUAGCGUAAAUAAUAAAAGAAAGAAAAACAUAAGUUACUGCUAAAUAUUAUAAAAUUGUAUAUAUCACACGAUUAUAUGAAAAGUUACAUUUAUUCACAAUAAAAACAUUCCAUAUACGUUUUCUAAACUAA